GUCACCUCGUUCGAGAGACUGUCAGUGCUAGCGAACUCUUGCUUACGAUGCGCGAUUCGGCGGAACGGUUGAAAUGCGUGUGAGAUAGUAUAUCAAUAUGUGAAAGAACCUCGCCGAGGAAAAGCGAUGUCUACUUCUCUUCCCAUACUCGUCUGUUUUAUCAUUUCUUUUGGUGGUAUAGCGUCAUGUAUAAGAAAUUUUCGAACCGACUUCCUAGAGGAAUGGCCGACUCCUGGGACGGAGCCCUACUUCGACACAACGAUGCAGUCGAACUUCACCGGAUUGGUGGGAAAAACUGUGCACCUAGUAUGCAUAGUGAAAAACCUCGGAAAUCGAACGGUUUCCUGGGUGAGGCAUCGCGACAUACACUUGCUGACUGUUGGCCGUUAUACUUACACGAGCGACCAACGUUUCGAGGUGCUGCAUCUUCCUCAUUCCGAAGAAUGGACGUUAAUGAUACGAUACCCACAACGCAAGGACUCCGGGAUUUAUGAGUGCCAAAUUUCAACGACGCCCCCUAUCGGUCACCCUCUGUACUUGACGAUCGUCGAACCGAUUACCAUCAUCAUCGGAGCUCCCGAGCUAUUCGUCAAUAAGGGUAGUACCAUUAACCUAACCUGCGUCGUGAAGUACGCUCCGGAACCGCCGCCCACGAUGACCUGGAGUCACAACACCGAGGUAAUUAACUUCGACUCGCCGCGCGGCGGUAUUAGCUUGGUGACGGAGAAAGGUCCCGAAACGACGAGUCGUUUAAUGAUACAGAAAGCGGUGCCGAGCGACUCCGGGAUCUAUACAUGCGAGCCGAGCAACGCGAAUCCCAAUAGCAUCAAGGUGCACGUUGUGAACGAGGAACAUCCGGCCGCCAUGCAUCACGGUGAUGGAAGUUCGUCGUUCGCUGCGACACGGCCGAUGUGUUUUAUAAUUUUAAUAGUAGCUAACGUAAUAUUUGUAUAAGAGGAAAGAAAAGAUAAACGACGAGGAGAAGGAAGGAAAUACCCGACACGAUAAUACAGCGCGGUUUCACUUGCAAAUCGCAUUGCCUAUGAUCGAUAACAUUCUUUGGGUGAAUAUUUGCGCAGGGUAAAACUGAAUAUUACCUACAUUUACAUUAAAUUUCCGUGACCAAAGAGUUUUCGAAUAUCAGCACGGCACAAUAAUCGGUAAGAGUGUAGUAUUUUGUUAAGAUAUAUCAUCAAGAACGAAUAACU